GCCCGUAACUUUUUCCCUCCAAUUAAUUAAAAUUAAAAUAUUUCCAGACAUGAUACCAAUUAUUUUAUCUCUAUAAAUACACCAACAUAACAAAAGAAGCAGCACAGAAAUAUGGAUUCCUCCACCCUCUCCCUCCUCCUAUUUUCCCUGAUCACCGCCGGCGCCAUCGAUCCCGCCCAACAGAACUCGCCACAGGACUUCCUGGACGCCCACAACCGCGCACGAGCGGAGGUGGGCGUCCAGCCACUCGCGUGGAACGACAGCGUGGCCGACUACGCCCUCCGCUACGCCCAGCAGCGCUACGGGGACUGCGAGAUGGAGCACUCGAUGGGGCCGUACGGCGAGAACCUGGCGGAGGGGUGGGGGCGGCUGUCGGCAGUGGACGCCGUCGGCAUGUGGGUGAGCGAGAAGUCGUGCUACGACUAUGCCUCCAACUCGUGCGUCGGAGAUGAGUGCCUGCACUACACGCAGGUGGUGUGGCGCGACUCCACCCAUUUGGGCUGCGCGCGCCGGCAGUGCCGCAACGGCUGGCUCUUCGUCAUCUGCAGCUAUGAUCCGCCCGGAAAUUACGUCGGACAAAGGCCCUACUAAUAUACAGUGUUGGAUGUCUCAUUUUUAAUGCAUUAACUCCAGCUGUUGGUUGUUGCAGCGCCUUAGCUUGCUUAUACAUAUAACUAUAAGUGGUGUUAUGUUUGUGUUGUCAAUAUAUGUCAUGCUUAAUUA